CAACAUGGCCGCCCCGCAGGGAGGCGGGGCGCUCCGGGUCCGGGCAGGAGCUGGGCGGGGCCGCCGUCGGCGGCGCCAGCGCGCAGGCGCGGGACGCUCGGGACCCGGAUGGAGGUGCUGAGGUUGGAGUUCCGCGGGGGUGGUCUGGACGCGCGGGCGAGGAGCACCCGGCGCCAGCUCUGCCGCUCUGGAGUUCUCCGGGGAGGGAAGCUGUCAAAACGGAGGACGAGAGAAAUAAGGCGGAGGCUGUAGAGAAGCGAGGAGCCCCGCCCCGCCCCUCCGCCAUAGCGGGGCCCCCGGCGCCGCCUCUUCCUUUGCGGCCUCCGGCCUCGUCUGCUUCCGGCCUUGUUGCCCGGCCCGGCCCUGCGGUUCCCUCGGGACGAAGUCCUGGGCCGCGGCUCCCUUGGGAAGCCCGCGGAAGCUCAGACCUGGCGAGCAGAGGAUGUGGCCCCGGGACCCCUCCCAGAAAGAGGUGCUGACAUUCGCAGUAAGAUGCCGCCUCCUAACUCUGACACUCCAGGCACUCUUCAAUGCCAUCAUCCCAGACCACCAUGCAGAUGCCUUCUCUCCUCCCCGCCCGGCCCCCUCGGGCUCUGUGGAUCAGCUUGUGGAAGGUCUCCUGGGCGGUCUGUCUCGAUGGGAUGCUGAACACUUCCUGUUUAUUGCCGAGCACGGCUACCUUUAUGAGCACAACUUUGCCUUCCUGCCUGGCUUCCCCUUGGCCCUGAUGACGGGAACUGAGCUGCUGAAGCCUUUGCGGGGCCUCUUGAGCCUGCGCAGUUGCCUGCUGCUCUCAGCCGCGCUUCUCAACCUCCUGUUCUCCGUGCUGGCCGCGGUCGCACUUCAUGACUUGGGUUGUCUGGUUUUGCGCAGUCCCCGCCAGGCCUUGUAUGCAGCCAUGCUCUUCUGCCUCAGCCCUGCCAGUGUUUUCUUGGCAGCUGGCUAUUCGGAAGCUUUGUUUGCCUUCCUGACAUUCAGCGCCAUGGGGCAGCUGGAGAGGGGCCGGAGCUGGGCCAGUGGGCUGCUCUUUGCUCUUGCCGCUGGGGUGCGCUCCAAUGGGCUGGUCAGUGUAGGCUUCCUCGUGCAUUCUCAGUGCAGAGGCUUGCUCUCUUCUCUUGUGGUGCGGAACCCGCUGAAACAGCUCGGCAAGCUGAUGGCCUCUGUCUGCUUGUCGGUGCUCACAGUCAGCCUUCCCUUUGCCCUCUUUCAGUAUUAUGCCUACAGCCAGUUCUGUUUCCCAGGCUCUGCCCGCUCCAUUCCUGAGCCCUUGGUGCAGUUAGCUGUGGACAAGGGCUACAGGAUCACAGGAGAAAACGAGCCUCCAUGGUGCUCCUGGGGUCUUCCCCUCAUAUAUGGCUAUAUCCAGGAUGUCUACUGGCAUGUUGGCUUUCUGCGAUACUACGAGCUCAGGCAGGUACCCAACUUUCUACUGGCUGCACCAGUGGCUGUACUGGUUGUGUGGGCAACCUGGACAUAUGUGACCACCCACCCUUGGCUCUGCCUUACACUUGGGCUGCAAAGGAGCAAGGACAGUAAGACCCUAGAGAAGUCCCAUCCUGGCUUCCUCAGUCCCAAGGUGUUUGUGUACCUGGUCCACGCUGCAGUGUUGCUGCUCUUUGGAAGUCUGUACAUGCAUGUUCAGGUUCUCACACGAUUGUUGGGUUCUUCCACUCCUGUUGUGUACUGGUUUCCAGCUUACUUGCUUCAGAAUCAAGAACCACUGUUGAGAUCUGUGGAUACAGUACCUGAGAAGCUUGCAGAAAACUCCCCACCAGGACAAAAGACCCCCAGAAACUGUAUCAUGAAACUCUUAUACAACUGGAAGGCCUGCUCUCCAGUCACAAGAUGCAUUCUAGGCUACUUCCUGACUUACUGGCUCUUGGGACUACUCCUCCAUUGCAACUUCCUGCCUUGGACUUGACCUGGAGUCUCAAGGGACAAACUGGAAGCUAAUUUAACCCAUGGGCUGAAAGCUUCAAGAUAUACUGCAAGCACACCCUGAGAGCACUGUCCAUCGGUAUCUCCCUCUGUUCCUCUAGAGGAAUGGAGAAUGUCCUGCUGAGUGGAGCUGUCUCAGAUCUCCCUGAUCAACAAGUAUCAGACAAUCUUAAACUUCAUACUGUUUGUUUUUCAAGACAGGGUUUCUCUGUGUGGCCCUGGCUGUCCUGG